GCUCAGCAGCCAUCGAGGAACGACCAGACGGAGAGAGGAGAGACAGGCCGGAUAGAGAGGGAGAGAGCGAGCGAGCGCGAGCACAUUCCGAGCGGAUCACGGAUGCUUAUAGAAGCGUUGCGUAACGGCGUCAGACGGACGGCGAGAACCGCGACUCGCUGGGCCCUCAAGUUCGACGAAAAAUCCGCUCGCGUCCUCUUCGGACGGCNNNCGCUUGCGCGUACCGCGGCCCGAGUGCGGUGAUCGUUGGGGUGCGAAGAGUGCGAGUGCGAUUACAGUGCGAGGAGAGCGCGGCUCGCAAGGGCGCGUUAGGGAUAAAAGGAGAAAAGGGCAAAGAGGUGGCUGGCAGAGGGUCAGAAAUUGCUGGACCGGUGGUGAAUCGAUCCCGCGUGUCCCGGUGCGUUUUCAAGGCCGCUCUCGACGAUCGGCUUUCCUCGCGGCAGUUCGCUCGCGCGAGCGGACAGCAGACCCGAGCCUCGACGUCGCGGUCGUUUCAGAUGUCCGGUCCUCGUUCGCCGUCCGAGCAACCGCGACUAAAAUUAACCCGUGUCGAAUCUUAGAGCAUUUCUGGUCUAGCCGAAUGCUUUAGCGGCGAACACCGUAUUUAUAGAUCGUACACGAUCGAAGAGGAUUAACGGUCGAUUGGUGGAUCGCGCGGGUUAUCCUUGACAUCCGAAACGGGAGGACGAUGCUCGAGUCUCGGGUAUCGACGGCGUGCGCGGCCGCGGCGGCGAAGGCGGCUCGGUGAACGCGGACGAACGCGGACGAACGCGGACGAACACGAGCGACCACGGGGUCAACGGUGGUUUACGGUGAUCUUGCAGAGAACGCGUGAGACGAGAAACGUGGAGACGAGCGGGCAGCAUGACGGAUCAACGUCCACAGGGACGUUUGUGUCAUCGUUGCUAACCGGCCGACACGAUAACGACCACGAUAACGAGCAACACGACCAAGACGACAACGACAACGACCAGGAAAAGGACGAAGAUUACGAGACACGUGGCGAGGAAAGAACGAGAGGCAGAAGGAGGCGGUGGAUGAAGAGGAGGAGGUGGAAGAGAAGAGAUGCAGCAACAGCCACAGUCUGGCCAACAGUCCGGGGCACCGAACGGGGUGGCAGGUGGUGCCCAAUUGCCUCAAACAGGUGGCAUCGCCUCGGCCCAACCUGGAGCGACAGGUACCACCACCGCGACGUCAAAUCGUGCCCAGGUUAACGGCGGCAGAUUCGAUUUCGACGAUGGCGGCACCUACUGCGGCGGUUGGGAAGACGGAAAAGCUCACGGGCACGGAGUCUGCACCGGACCCAAAGGACAGGGUGCUUACUCCGGUAGCUGGCACUAUGGAUUCGAGGUCUCCGGUGUCUACACCUGGCCUAGCGGGUCCGCGUACGAGGGGCAAUGGCAAAACGGAAAACGACACGGCUUGGGCAUGGAAACCCGUGGACGUUGGAUUUAUCGUGGUGAAUGGAAUCAGGGAUUCAAGGGUCGAUACGGUGUCAGACAAUCGACCACGUCGACGGCGAGGUACGAGGGCACGUGGGCGAUCGGCCUUCAGGAUGGAUACGGUUCAGAGACCUACGCGGACAGCGGGACGUAUCAAGGCCAAUGGAGUCGCGGAAUGAGACACGGUUACGGAGUCAGGGCGAGUGCACCGUUCGGUUUGGCGAGCCAUUACAAGCCGUCGAAGCAAGUCAGGGCAUCUCUGACGUCCCUGAGGAGUGCGGAUGGUGGAGGACCAACAGCACCGACACCGGAACCGACCGACAGGAGGGAUCGUCGCGUCGACGACAGCAGGGGUGGUUUCGUCUUGAAAGCCAGGAGCGACGAUCCUCCGGCACGCAGAAAGAGCCUCACCGAGAAGUCCUUGAAGAAAGGCAUCCUUUCGGGUUUGAAGAUUCGAAAGCAGAGAAGUACAGGUGACCUUGAGAAACGUGGCACCACCGGUGGCGGUAGUAUCAGAAGCAACGCCAGCUCGGCUUCGUGGAUGUCGACGGAGAGCUCGCAGAGUCAAGCUUCGGCGUCUGUCCAUACGGAUAGCAACGCGUCCUUCGUCAUCGAGGACGAGCAAAUGGAUGCCUCGGUAACGGAGACGUACCUGGGCGAGUGGAAGAACGACAAGAGAACGGGUUUCGGAAUCUCGGAACGAAGCGACGGUCUGCGAUACGAGGGAGAAUGGUUCAACAACAGGAAGUACGGUUACGGUGUGACCAAGUUUCGGGACGGUACCAAAGAAGAAGGCAAGUACAAGAACAACGUGCUGAUCACCAGCCAGAAAAAAAAGCACCUGUUCCUGAUCAGAUCGGCCAAAUUCCGCGAGAGGAUAGAGGCCGCCGUGAGCGCGGCUCAGAGAGCGAGCAAGAUCGCUCUUCAGAAGGCGGAUAUCGCCAUCUCUAGAACGGCCACCGCUCGAGGAAAAGCCGAGGUAGCGGACAUCGCCGCGGAACGCGCGAGAGAAGAUUCCGAGCUGGCCCAGCAGACGGCGAAACAAUUUGCUCCGGACUUUCGGCAGCCCGGGCUCGAGAGGUUGCGGAACAGGGAGAUACCCAAGUACGUGCCACCGCCCCAAGACACCGUUCCAGGGAAGAGUAUCCUGCACAAGGCCGGCAGCGUGGACCAACCAGGCUCCACGCCCAUCAAGAGCUCCACCUCGGCUGCGGAAGUCACGUCGACGACCACCACGUCCGCCACGUCCACCGCCAGCAACGUGAUGCAGUCGAUCAGGAGAGCCAGCAUGAAACCGCAGAUGUCCAAUCAAUUGCCGCAGAACCAGCUGCCGCAGAAUCAACUGACGCAAAACGAGAUACCGAACCAGGUGACUCCUGCCCAGCUGCUGAACCAGGUACCUCUCAGCCAGUUGAAUCAGACCAAUAUGGCCGGCCAGAAUCCCUACCAGACGCAGUAUCCUCAAUCGAUGGCUCAGAAUCCCGUUCAACAGUAUCCUAACAGUAUACCGAAUCAGUAUCAGCAAACGAGCCAAUUCCAAGGCGGACAGUACGCUCCGCAGAAUCAGUAUCCUGGUCAAGGUAGCCCGUACAAUCAGCCACAGUAUCAACCUAUGAACCCUCCUCAGGGCGAUCAGUAUUUGUACCAGCAACAGCAGCCGUUAGGGCCACAGGGCUACCAGAACGUGCAGGCUUAUCCUAAUCAGCAGAUGACAAUACCGAAUCAGUAUGGGCAAGGUCAGAUGAACCAGUACAGUUCUCAGCAAUUGUACGGACAGCAGCAACAGCAACUGCCACCGCAGCAACAGCAGACGCAAGUUCAGCAACAGUAUCAACCCGACGGUGUCGGGGACGCACAACGACCACCGAGUUCCACGAGUAUACGAAGAAACAGCAGGGUCCUGACUCCUCAGGAUCGACCGGGCACCAUUGGACAAACGCUGAACGACAGACUAGAUCAUUACAAGAGGCCGCCCAGCCGUGAUAGUUCGGUAGAUCGUUAUGCUAGAGCGCAUUCCCGGUUGACUGGAUCGAGACAACCGUCCAUUGAUAAAACCGUCACGAACCCGCCCCAGGAUGUCCUCGACAGAUCAACGAGAGCACCAAGUGCAAUACGAUCAGGAACACCGUUGAACGGAUCGGUGGUCGGAAGCGGCACAGCGACGCCCACGUACGCAGCCUCGACUUCCGGUCAGUUCGAAGGAGCCCUCCUGAAGAAUCGUAGCCUUGGUCAAGACAUACUGCCGAGUCCAGGACAGCCUAAACGUACGGAAAGCCUGUAUGUCACGCCAGGACGAGGCCCGACCGCAUCCGGUGGCGGAAGUGCUGGUGGGGGUGGUGUGUCGAAGGCGAUGCCCACGCCGUCGGUGUCCCUUCAACGGAAGAAAUCGUUGCCGGAUGUGGCACAGCCGAUCCAGCUGACUGCGACCGCACCGUUGUCCAGGGAGGAAGUGAGCGUUUUGAGCAGCAUGAGAAGAGAAGAGAUUCGUAGGCAGAUCGACGAGAGCGAAAGGCUCAGGGCCAAUCCUCUGCUCUAUUUGGUCAGUCCUCAGGUUAAAGACUGGUUCUCGAGGCAGCAGCUGGUGAUGCUGGUGCUGUUCAUCAACAUAUCCUUAGCCCUGAUGUUCUUCAAGCUGUUGACGUAGCAGCCAGCCGACGACUGGGUUCACGGACUCGUGCUGGACGUGACCUGAGACCCGGGAGCGUCGCGACGCCCCGAGUCGUCACCGAAAACCGACGUUCAACCGACGAGAGAGCGACAAAGAGACAGAGAGGGCGCUGAAUACCCUCGUAAAGGCGAAAUCACCGAGCAGAAGGAAAAAGCAAAAAGGAAAAAAAAGAAAGAAGAACCGCUGAAAACGGCUUUCGAGCAAUUCGAUUGGUCUCCGUGUUAAGCUUGGACAAGGACACGCUGGCGAGGACCUCGCGUGGCAUGAAACGGAGGGAGAACAUUUUCGACGAACUUCCGGACACUUUUGUAAAACGGGCGACCGUCUCCGAAGUCCUUCCUGUACCAUUUUGUCGACCACGCGACGGUUCGAAUUUUGCGAGGACUUCCGGAGGAGGAGAAAGCGGCCAAUACAAGCGGCCGCAUCUUUUUCUUUUUCGUCUGAAACGCAGGGGUACCGACCACGGCACGUGGCAUCCUGUAUCGUACCUAUUUUUACACCGAGUAUUUUAAUAAAAAUAAUAAUAAUCGACGACGACAAUGAUAUAUUUGUACGGGCUGGUCGCGUCGCGAACGACGAUGGAUCAUGCUCAAAAAACACACGGUGCGCACACAACAAAUUUCUCUAUACACAUUUUUCCUGUUCUCGAUGGACGAUCGGCUCGAGCGCGGAUGCCGGAAGUCGGCAGGAUUUUUAUACACGACGAUAGAACGGCUAGAGCGAAUCGUUUCGACGGUACAUAUUUUUCAAACGAUCGAGAUUACACUCGUAUGGCGAACUCGUGUACUUAUGGCCGUGGUUACGCAAUUACAAAUGGCGACGUCGAGUUUCGAGUUUCUAUUUAGAAUUGUUACGAUUUCUACGAGUUUUUGAGAAUGCACGCCGGAAGAAAACGUAAGGUUUACGUUGUUACGCGAUUAACGUUACGAUAUAUUCAAGUGUUACCGAUCGUAUCCGUAUAUGAGUGUUAUAUGUGGAUAUACAUAUAUACAUGUAUACGUAUUAAUUGUAAUCGCUUCGUUUACGAAGUUGUUUCUUUCGUGUAGCCUUCCACGCGAAACUGUACAUAGUAACGACACAUCUUCUCCGAUUUUUAUAUACACACACGUGCAAAUUUCUCUUGUAAGGAUACACGACUAUUGCAACCUCGAAUUUUGCUGGGAGCACGCGUGAUUAUAGAGAUUACUGAACUAGGUUACAAUUCAUUUAUCGUCUUAUAUCGUAUAUCGAAUGGUUAAAUGCGCGUUUAAAAAAAUGUUGAAUAUCUUUCUUGUUUCGAAGAGUCCUCGAUGAUCACGAAAAAUUCGAACGAAUUCGACGUUCCAAGAGUCGUGUGUUUCUUUCGCGAGAUCGAUGGAGGCGUUGAAACAUCGACAUCGAAUCGUGACGACGAACAGACACGAUAUUAAAAUAUAGUGUACGUACACGCGUUGUUUAUCUCUAGUCGCGGAAUUGUACGUUCGAGAAACAAGCUUUUCGAAGGAAGAAGAAGAGAAAGGAGCAAAUGUUUCUUUUUGAUAUCGCGCGAGGAUCGGAUAGAAUUCAUUCGCGAGAACCUCUAGAACGCGAGUUUUUACACGGAAAAUCGAUUGUCUAUAGAUUUUUCAGCCGCGUGACGCGGACAUUUUUGACGUAAGGAGGAAAUUUAGAGCGAGGUCGACGUUCGAUUUUUAUUCGACCGAACUCCUGCGCUCGAGCGAUCGCAUUUUUCUAGCCUCAGGCAUAGCUUGUAUAUCUUUAGGUGAAUUUGUAAAUAAAAGAGAGCGAGGGAGAGCGCGCGUAUAUACUGCGAUCGUCACGAAUUAAUCGUAUAAAUCAAGUCUGGGAAAUUUUGGCCGACUAGAACAAUUAUCGGAGCGAGCAAUGUUUCGUACGAACUAGAAAGUUUAGAAGUUACGAACUUUUCAAUUUUCGAACUUAGGCAUUAAGUUUAAUUUGACAUUUCGGAAAUUUAGAGAAAAAGAAAAAUGGUAAAAAAGGCCAUUUUCUGUGAAUUGUGCCCGAAGGACAUAAAUUGCCCAGACCUGGUCAGAAUCCAAAUACGCUUGGCCCCUUCGAUGCUUCACUAUUUUUCCAAAACAAUAAACAAUUCCAUUUUCAUCCUACGUUACGAUGCGCAUAUAUUUCCCUCCUUGUACCUAACGCCAGCACUUUCACGUACCACCUCGAACUUCGAAACGUUAGGAUGAAAAUAGGAGAACUUACGUGUUUCACGAACUGUUGUAACAAUCGAGAGACGAUUCUCGAAUUACGUUGUCAUCGGUUGGCCAAAAAUUGCAUCGAGAAUUUCGUAUAUAAAAAAGCGAGAUCGAGAGGAGAAAUUAAAAUAGGGGCGACAAGUAUGUUACAAUUAGCAGAGUUGAGUAUUAUUUGAAUAAUCUUGGAAUAAAAAUUCGGCCAAGUAAAAAAUUAUUCGUUAAAUGUGCUCAGGUCUGUGUGUUAGGAACGAAGUUAUGAAAUUAUGAACUGAUCGAAGAUGUUUUUUGUUACGAAGAUCGUUCGUAUAAAUAAUAUAAUUGAAGCUAAUUUUACUUGGACGGCGUACUCGUUGUCAUGGAAACAUCUAUUGUGUAUAUAUAUAUAUUGCAAUUACGUGUAUGAAUCGAUGAAUUAGUAUCGAAGAUAUGCAGCUCUAAUUGGAGAUCUCAGAUGAUCGAUACAUAUUGCUAAUAUUUUAGGAUCGACAAUUAUUGAUGGCAAAUUUGCAAAUGUGUAAAUUGUGAAAUCUUGAAAUUUCUAAUAAGAGAAACCCGAAAUAAUAGCAAUAUACAUGGAUGUCCGAGUUGUCCGAGAAAUUUGAUAACGAAUCUGCAAAAGCGAGCGAGCGUGUGAGUACGUGAUAAAGAGAGUGCGAGUGAAAAUUGUAUCGAAACUUUUGAGAGGAAGAAAUCGGUAAAUGGAGACGAAUCCAAUUUACCGACCGCGUUCUUCAUUACACCUUCAUUAUAGCGCCAUGAGAAAGCAAACGAAGCCAUAUCACACGAAUCAAACGGACAAAUUUCAAAUAAUUGUAUAGAAACGAAGACAGAAUUGUGUACCGAAGAGGUGAGAGAAUUCGCUAUUCGAUCGUUAAUCGUAUAAUCACGAAGAAAUCCGCGAGAAGGAUCAUAUUGUAUAUUUUACUUGUUAUCUCUUUGACUAUUAUCGACAGUUAGCAUAUCUCGUUAUUAUUGUAUAUUAUUAUUAUUAUUAUUACUAUCAUUAUGGUUAUUACUAUUAUCGCUAAUUAUUCA